CACGUAUCAAGGUCAGUAUGAACAACGUGUACACUGACAUGCGAGAUGAUCGUACCGGGUGUUACGAUAAAACAGAUACAGACCAACACCACACGGAGAGAGCAUGGCAUCACAUGAAGUUAAACCUAAUGUGGAAUGGCCCGCAGCCCCAACUAUAACAGAAUGGCUUCAGGAUAAACCCAUAGAAACGUGGAGGAAUGGCUUUGAGAAUGAUGGAUAUUUGAUAGUAGAAGAUCUUCUAACGGAGAAGGAAGUAAAAAUAUAUCAAGAUUUGACUUCAAAGAUGCUGAGCGGGGAAAUAGACACUUCACGACAUCGGCACGAUCUUGGAAAUGCCAGUGAGAGAAAGAAAGAAGAUGUUGAGAACAUCUGUCAGAUCAUGUGGCCAAGCUUGUAUGUUGACAACCUCGAUCAGGGCCCUCUCCACAUGAGAACACAAGCAGUCGCCAACAUAAUCAUCGGAGAAGAUGCAGUAUUUGACUUUGAUAUGUUUUUGUCAAAGGCUCCACACACCAACACGGAGACACCAUGGCACCAGGAUGAGUCUUACUGGGGAGAUGUGGAGGAUACUCGGUCCGCCAGUUUCUGGAUGGCUGUCGAUGACGCCUUUAAAGACAAUGGCUGCAUGUGGUUUGUUCCUGGGUCCCACAGGAGAGGACUUUGUGAUCACAGAUUUGUCAAAGACGGAUGUCACGUCAGGACGUGUGACAUAAACGACGGUGAGGUGAAGGUUGCUGGUGAGAUCAGGGCGGGAUCAGUUACAAUCCACCACGGCCGGACGCUCCACUACACACGAGGUAACACCACCGAUAAACCAAGACGGGCGUACGUUACAGCUUACCGGCCACGGAAGAUGGUGGAUGCUUUCAGACAACGUGGUUUUGAUCAUGGGGAAAAGGGAAUCAAGGGUAAUACUCAGUUUGUAUAGAUGACAGAGAGGAUGGAGAAGACGAUUUGGAUACUCCUGCAUCAUCAAACAUUCUCCCUCUUGUCAAGAUCCCAUAUAACCAAGUCGAAUACAGAGAAACACGAAUUAAUAAAGUCUGUUAGCUGAG